AACGUAGUAACGUAUGAUGGUGUACCAUGACAAUGAUGCCAAGCAUAAUCAACAUGGCAGAACACCUUUCUGACUUUUCGUACGUUUUACAAGGAUUGAAAUACGAAGCAUAUGAUUUGUUUCUAAGUUAUUGCAUGAAAUUUACGACAUGUAUCAAGGUGAAAGGUUAGCGUUUAACUUUAGUUUUUUAAAGCCGUAAAAAUGACCCGAAUUUCUGAAGAAAAACGGCCGAUAAGUGCAAAUUUGACGGACACUGAUCACCUUCUGCACGGGAAACCAUGGGAAAAUAUGUCUAUAGCUGGUGCUUUACCACCUUUAGCAUUGACUGUCACAUCGAUCGAUCAAUCUCAUGAAUUGGAGAAAAGUCGUAAUGUCAAGAAAAUUGUAAACCAGACUUCUUCUGACUGGCUUGCAAAAAAUUGUCUUCAGUUUGAAAAACUGACUUUGGAAGAUUUAAUGAAACAAGGAAUUCUUAUGAGAUCAUCUUCUCAAGUCUCAGACACAAUUCCUCAUUUAAAAUUUGAAGAAAAAAUGGUGAAACAAUUUGAAUUGAAAUUGAGGAAAUUUAUUGAAGAAUGUGAGAAGCACAUUGAUUGGUUAAUGAAAGGAAGUCGUAAGAUAUUUGGGUUUUUAAAUGGCAAAAGAUUAGCCGUACUUUUGGAUGCAUCAAAAGAAAAUUUCUCUGAUAAUCGUGUUUGUUAUCUGAAACAAUCUCUCCAGGAAUUGAUAAAUGAACAGUUUGUGAGCAAGGAACAAUUAUAUUUUCUAUCAUUUGGAUCAAAACCUGAAGCCUUAUGGGAAGCUUCACAUGAUGUAAACUGUAGAAUAAUAAAUGAACUAAGAAAAUGGGUGCAUACCUUAGAGCCAUCUGAGGGUUGCAAUCUUCUCAAUGCCAUUCGACAAGUAAUAAAAAGGAAAAACAUUGACUCGAUAGUGAUUAUUCUUGGUCGCAGUCCUGAUCAAAAUGUUGAAUUGAUUUGUGAUUAUGUAAAGCAAUCUUUAGCUGGUCGAUACUUACCAUUUCAUACAGUAUCAUAUUGUUCAAAUGAUGCUACUGUUGAUUUGUUUCUCAAAGAGUUAGCAGAGCUCACUGGAGGAAAAUAUCAUUGUUACUCUAACUCUUCAAAUGAUAGGAAUUUUACUGGUACUGAUAUUCAACUUUUACUCAAUGAGAUCAAAAGAGCUAAAGAGAUCUUAUUAUCAAUUGAAGAAAUGAGACGAGGAAGAUUGGGGGAAAAAAUCAUAACAAUAUCCAGAGAUAGGCCUCGUCUUGCUGUCGUUGCUCUCACAAAUGAAAACACAAAGAAACGAUAUUUAAAGUCAAUGGAAGAUUGUCAAUUGAAUGUAGAAAAACCAUCGUUUCCUGCAAGAGCAUCUCGUGAUUGGUUAAAACAACAUGGUCUCAAAGGACGAGGCUUAAAUCUUUAUCAAGUACUUGCUCCAAACUCAUAUUCUUCUGUAAAAGGAUAUGUUCUUUCCAUCAACAAAAAUGUGAAAUCAAAAGUCUAUAAUAAAAGUAUGACACAGUUUUCGUGGCAUGAUGGAACGAUUAAAAAUGUUCAUGUUGAUCCAACAAUGUUGAAUUUCUAUCAGGAUGAACUCAAUACUGCUGUUCAGCGGUAUUUAAGAAGAAUUGAAUGGUUAACUACAGGAUGUCGCAAGAUUUUUGGUACCCUUGUAGAACAAAGAGUCAUUGUGAUGCUUGACUUAUCGCUGUCUUCAAGACAUUGUUUUGAAACCUUAAAACGGGAUCUGAAAAUCUUAUUUGAACAGCAAAUGGCCAAUAAGAAAUAUUUCAAUGUUAUUUGCUUUAAUAGCACAUCUUGUAUGUUUCGUACGUCAAUGGUCAAUCCUUCAAAGAAAUAUUUGCAAGAAAUGUGGAGAUGGUUUCUUCUCAAAAGCUGUUCGGGAAGCAGAAAUUUUCUCCAAGCUUUUAGGACAGCGCUUGAGAACAAUGAAGAUCUCUCAAACAAAAAUGAAGUACAAGGAAUAUACGUCAUUUCUACUGGUUUGCCUGAUUCAAAUAUGGAUACAACAUGUUCCUUCAUUAAGGAAUCUUUAGCGGGAAGAGAUAUUACGCUGAACACCAUUUACUAUGAAGAUGACACAAACGAUUGUUCUGUCUUUCCUGGCAGGUACGCUUGUGGCAAGACUAAUGCUGCUGACUGCUUGAAACAGAUGGCUCAUUCAGGCAGAGGGAGAUUUCAUUGGUACAAUAGCAACGACAAUAUGGUUGAAUGUGAUGAUGUAACUGAAAUACAUAACGAGUUAAACAAGGCCUACAAUUAUUCACAAAAAACGACAAUGUUAUUGGAAACUGUUAAAAGUACUCGACAUCAACAACAGAUUGAGAGUUGUAAUGAAAAAUCAACACUUCCAUUACCUGCACCUCAAGGACACAAUCCUCUACCUCCUCCGAAGCAAACAGCUCUUUCUCAAGCCAGACUGAAUGUUAUGAAACAGCAACCAUCUACGACUUUUAUAAAAAGAAAACAUCGACCAAAAACUGCUGAUGCAAAGUCACGUGACGUCUUAUCGCUGAAGCCGUUGUCGUGGAAACCAAUUAGAAGAAGCUCUAGUAGCAGUGUUAUUUCUGAUAGGUCGAGAACAAGAAACAAUGUAAAAUUAACUCCCGAAGUUCAAAGACAACUAUUUUAUACUGAAGUUGGCAAUAGUAUUGGUUCAAUCUUGAAGGAAUCCCACAACGCAACUGAUGGGAGAUCAAUUAUGUACAACAAGCUCAUUAGAGAUGUUUAUAUUCCAGAGAAAGAUGAAAAUUUAUCAACUCGAGAGUGGAUGAGAAAGUACAGUAUAUCAAAAUUAAAACUGGAUUUAGAUCAACUUGUUGGAGGAAAAGAAUGUUCACAUUCAAAAACUAAAGUUACCACCAUUAAUAAAACCGUUCCUGCAAGAUAUUGUGAUAUUUUUCCUACCAUUGAAGUUAAGGGAGUUGCAAAACAUCUUCACCUUACGUCACGUGAUUUACAAGAGUAUGAAGAGAAAAUGGAGAAAGUUUUAAAACGUUAUGUUAAAAGAAUGCAGUGGCUAAUGAGUGGUAGUCGUCGUGUAUUUGGGUCAGUAAUUGAAAGUAAGAUUAUGAUCAUGAUCGAUACUUCUUGUGCAAUGAUCAAUUAUAUUGAUGAGAUAAAAAGUCAAUUGACCGGACUUAUUUGGGAACAAUUAAGAGAAAACAAUAUUAUGUUCAAUGUUAUGACGUUCAACGAUGAACCGACAUUAUGGCGACCUAAUGUCGUUGCUCCUUCUGAAGAAAAUUGUUUGGACGCUGUACGAUGGAUUGAAACAUUCAAAGCUUAUGGCGAGGCUUGUAUUGUUGAAGCAUUUAGGGCUGUGUUUCAAGAUGAACAAAUCAAAGGCAUUUAUUUGGUGACACAAGGAAAUUUUGACAUCAGUUCAACGAUGCUACUUCGUGAGCUUGCGAGAUUAAACAACACAAGACAAAUCAAAGUUCAUACUAUAUCUUUUAACUUUGAGGACAGUUCUGUGAAUAAAUUUCUUCAACUUUUGGCAAGUCAAACUAACGGAAGAUUUCAUCGGACACAAUCGGAAGCCGCCGGUCAUUUGUUCGCUCAUCGUUUGCUUGCUGCUAAAGGUCAAACAAAUGAGAUUUUAACAGUUCCUGUUUUUGAAGGAGAUGAUUUGAAACGUCUGGUACACGAAAUCUCACUUUGUAGAAAAUUUCUGCUACAAGCGAGAUCAUACAGGGCAUUGCUGUAUGAGCAUUCUCAAAAGAUUGGUGAAAUAAAUUCACCGCCAAACAACCAAUACCCACAUGCAUCAUAACUUUUUAAUAACUUCAUAGUCACCAUCUUCAGGGUUCCUGCAGCUGCAUAAAAUCCAUGAAAAGUUGAAUUAUAAUUAGCCAACAAAGGACUUUUAUUGUGGUCAUGAAUAAAAUAUUAUUUUGUUUAUCGAAGUUUUAUAUUUACACAUUUAUACUAAGAAUUUGUUUUCCGCCAGGCAAAUCCUCGGUGUUUGUUACUUAAAGUGAAAAAUAAAUUUUUAGGGCACUUGAAAA